AGCAGAUUAUAUCGAGAAAUUACACAAGGAAUAUUAAUCGAGGAAUCUAUAAAAAGAACAGAAGAUCAGACUCAGUAAAAGAAACUAACAGCACGAAACGAUUUUUUUUUCUUCAGGGUCGACAGCAACAAAAGAGAAUCACUUGCGAUAUGCCAUGUGAACGCUGCAAAGAUACAGACAGAACCCCUGGACCAUUAUAUCAAUUUAUCACCCCGUGUUAUUGAUAACACAACAUCCGGGCUACAGAGAAUGACACUGCCUGGCGAUUAUUGUUACAUAAUUCCUAAUUAUUGGUAACAUUUUAUAAGGAUUUUAUCAUCUGUCAGAUGGGAUGCGCUUUCCAGUGCCUAUAGGAGUAUAAAAACAUAAUUAAAAGACAAUACAAAUGAUUCGAUACGGAGAGAGGAAUGCACGGCAUUCUGAAACCACUAGUUAAAACUUUCAGACAUUAAGUAAAAGGUAACCAAAGUGAAUCGACUAGUGAACCGAUGGAUGGUUUAAUUAACUUUUUGAAUUUUGUGACAAUUGUGCUCUUUUUCCGGGGACAACCUGUUCUUGGAAGAGGAUGUUACAGCGAUCCCAAAAUAUACACUGUGAAGGUUCCAGCUCAGAAUCAACGUGUGCUGAUACUGAGGGCAAUGAUCAAAUGUCUUAACUCAACUGUGCCAUUAGAUGAAAAAUUGACAGGACUUUAUUGUCCCUCGGUUUUUGACAACAUUAUGUGUUGGCCAGAAACUAAAGCUGGUACUGUUCUGGAACAGAACUGCCCGGACUACAUAAACAACUUCAACACCAAAGAGAAAGCUCGACGAGAGUGUUUACCUAACGGUACAUGGUUUAUUCAUCCAGAGACGAAUAAUACAUGGACUGAUUUUACCCAGUGCAUGCAGCCCUACAACCCACGUGAUCCUCUUAUGGAGGAUUUGCCAACCAUAGAGAGAUUAAAUAUGAUCGGUUACUCCAUAUCCUUGACCUUUCUGAGUGUUGCUAUCAUGGUGAUGUUGUCCUUUAAGAGAUUACAUUGUCAGAGAAACUACAUUCAUAUCAAUUUAUUCUUUUCGUUCGUUUUGCGUUCCAUUAUCUGCCUCAUCAAGGAUGUAUUCCACACGCCCGACGGUGACACCACAGUUAUCAAUAAUACAGUAACCUUAACGACCCUUGGAUCGAAUUGGCCGUGUAAAUUGCUAUUCUCCAUAUUUAACUACAUCAUAGUAGCAAAUUACACAUGGAUAUUUCUGGAAGGACUUUUUCUUCAUAACAUAAUCUUCGUCACAACCUUCAAGAACAGCAAGCGCUUCUUUAUGUAUAUUAUUUUUGGGUGGUGCUCGCCUCUUCUUUGCAUAAUUCCAUGGGUUAUCGUGCGAAGAUUCUUAGAAGACACACUAUGUUGGAGUACACACAGUGUUGAAAACAAAUAUGUUUGGAUCAUACGAGGGCCUAUUGUAGUCACAAUAGCGAUCAACUUUCUAUUCUUUUUGAAUAUUAUAAGGGUGCUCUUUACAAAGUUGACUGCGUUGCAUAUGAGUGAUCCACAUAGAUAUAGAAAACUAGCCCGCUCCACCUUGGUCCUCAUCCCUUUGUUCGGUGUGUACUACAUGAUAUCUGUUGUCAUGCCGGAAUGUAUGGAUCCAAGUGUGGAACUUGUGUGGCUCUAUGUGGAGAGUGGAGUUAAUUCAUUUCAGGGUCUUGUUGUUGCAGUUCUGUUUUGUUUCUGCAAUGGCGAGGUUCAACAAGAAAUACUGAAGAGAUGGAACAGACGGAGAACUAUCCGCCGAUUCAGCACGAUAUCCACUAAGUCAACCCGAACAAUGUCACUUGGUUCCACAGUGUUUAUAAAAGACAAAGCAGUUCCAUCUGCCAUGUUUAGUGACGUCACUAUAAACGUCAACAUUGAUGACAAAUCAACAUGUCAGUUGGGUUUAAAAGACUCCCAGUGUAAUGGGGAGAUAGUGAAUAACAAUUCUAUCGAUAAUUCGGGUAAUGGAAAGAUUAUAACAGAGGAGGAUACUUUAUUGUGACUGUACAUCUCCCAAUUGUUUUAAAUGAGUGCUAAUAACUUUGUGUACAUUGUAGACGCAAUUUAUUAUGAUACAUCUCUUUUUUCAUUGUUGUUUCAAUAUACUUUGAUCAUAUGA